UAUCAGCUGAUAUAUUGCGUUGUAAAGGACUUCAAAGGUGUGUGCAUAUUGCACGGAAAAAUGGAACAGGAUAUAAUAACAAUGACCUGUACUGUGGAGAACUCGGGGGAUGGCUGUAUAACUGACCCAAUUAACACCCUCAGUCCGUUAGGAGAUACAGACAAAAACGAUGUGAUGCAGACCUCCCAGACUGCUUAUCUUAUAACAGACACCAAUGGCAUUGUUCUACUAGAAACACAGAGAGGCAACAUGUUCCUGUCAGUUUCCAAUGAGAUGAGUAAUCUGAACUACACAGGGAUUUCUACCAGUCCUGAGCUACAAGGGAGACAACUCCUUACAACUCCAGCAACAGGAUCACUGCUGACGGGGGUCUCACAGGAGGGGAUGGUGGACCCCCAGGGGGUGGGGGUGUUACUGGGGGUACAGACAGAUGUGGGGGAGGCACUGGACAGCACCGACAUCUCAGACACGGCCACAGAACAACUACUGGACACCACUGACCACAUCUCAGUGUCUCCAACAGACAAACAGACAGAUAAGCCACCUGAACAGAAGAAAAGAGGAGGGUGGCCGAAAGGAAAGAGACGUAAAAAUGUCCCAAAUGUCAAUGCUCCAAAGGCACCACUUACAGGGUAUGUUAUGUAUGCCAUUGAGAGAAGACAAGAGAUUAAAGAAAGCAAUCCAGAGUUAUCUUUUCCUGAAGUCACAAAAAUUCUAGGAAAUGAGUGGUCCACAUUAGAAAGUGAAAAGAAACAGAAAUACCUACUGGCAGCACAGGAAGAUAAGAAGCGAUACAUGGAACAGUUAAAAGACUUCCAGCAAUCAGACGCUUACCAGAACGCCAUAAAGAAAAAGAAAGGAAAAGGGUUCCCUUCAGGACAAGAAGUUGAUGAAACAUUCCAUUAUACCAUGGAUGAGGAGGAGGGUAGUAUGAAUGAGCUAUACUGCCGCGUCUGUGACCAGUAUUUCAGUUCGUUUCACAACAAGAAGGAGCACAUGUUUGGUAGGCAGCACCUACAGAACAUCACGGGAGAAAUACAGAAAGACAUGCAACUGCAGGCGGAGCAGGAGUCAAGAGAUCUUGCCGAGUCAUCGUUAGUUUCUAGUCACCUAGGCAACGAGAACAGCCAAUCAGGCGAUGGCAUCAGUGAUUCACACCCCGACCUCAUGGAGAGGACUUCACCUGUAGACGUCCAAGGAUUCAUUAAUGGAUUUCUACAGGAAAACUUAGAUAGAGAAUUUGAAAUAAAACAGAUACGACGGCAUCUGAAGCUGACUCAAGAAGAAAACAACUUCCUAAUAAAACAGAUUAAUGAAUUAAAGCAUUACCAAACCAAAUUAGAAGAAGAGCUCACACAUUAUAAAGCUAUCAAUGCUUCUUUAAACAGUCAGAUAGACAAUUUAAAAAUGGUGAACACACUGUUUGGUGUAAUUAACUUUGAAGUAUGACCUUUAGCUUGUUCUUUCAUGGCUGUGAUAUGUUGUUUUCUGUAACCUAAUAAAAGAUAAAGUAUUUGUAACC